CAGGAAGUAAAAGUAAACAACUUAUGCGGACAUAAAACCCCCCGAUGAAGGAUAACAAUGAAUAAUAGAAGAAUAUCGCGACCUUGUGGAUUCCUGCCGCCGUGUUGCUUCAGCGGGGCAUGACUGCGUUAAAGUCCGACCGGGAAACGCCAGUUCGAGCCCGUUUAAAGCCGUUAGGAUGCGGUUUUAGCUCCAUGUAGCAGUUUGUUUUGGUUUAAUUUUCCCAGGAUGAGGAGCCAGUAAAAGGACUAAUCGAUGCUUAGGCUCGUCCCACGGGUGAAAAUGCUCACCUGAGCCCCGUCAUCCAAGUGUCUCUUUCUUUUUUUUUAAAUUUGUGUUGUUAUUUUAAAGGUUUUUGGCGUGUUUUUGUGUUUUUGUGUUUUUAUUCCCCGGUCUGGUCAGAUUCAGAAUGUUAUCCGUCAGAACUGCAGAGGAGGAGUCCGCAGAGAUUGAAGACAUGGACACCUCGGAGCCGAACUGGUGCUGGUUCUACCUGGCGGAGUGCGGGGUCUGGCACAUGUUCGAGAUUGAUCCCAGUGCUGCCUGCUCGGUGACCAGUGCUCAGAUUGAACAGUGCUACAACAGGAACCAGCGAGGGGUCAUGGAGUUCUACACGGCCAAGUACACGUACCGGCUGGACUUCUCUGUGAUGCGACAGAUUAACGUGACGACGGGGAAGCAGCGACCAAUCAAGAGAUCUCUCCACUCUGCAACUGGUUUCAGGUUUAUUUGUGAUAAUCUGGCGCUGCCGGUUCCCUGUCACUGGGAGAGAAUCAACACGGACGAGCCGUACCAGCUCAUCCAGCUCGGCAGAGACACUUACGAGUUUAAGGAAGUCGCCAGACUGUACGAACGGACAAUGGACCAUCCCAUCAAAUCCAUCCAGAGGAUUCAGAACCUGGACUUGUGGGAGUUCUUCUGCAGGAAGAAAACACAGCUCCGGAAAGUCAAGCGAACGCUAGAUAUUGAGGAGCGAAUGCUGUUUCACGGCACAGGACACAGCAACAUACAAGCUAUAUGUACAUUUAACUUUGACUGGCGCCUGACGGGAAGUCACGGCGAUGUUUAUGGAAAAGGGAGCUACUUCGCCCGCGACGCCAAGUACUCCAGUAAGUUCUGCCACACCACGGGGAAACACAACACCACGCUGCAGAGACACGGCCUGGCGCCGCCCAUAUUCGCCAGCGAGCCGCCCUAUAAGACGAUGUUCCUGGCGCGGGUGCUGGUGGGCGAGUACACGGUGGGCCACCCCAUGUACUGCCGACCCCCGUCCAAGGACGCCAGCUUCACCAACUUCUACGACAGCUGCGUGGACGACAUGGCCAACCCAAAGAUCUACGUCAUUUUCGACAGCAACCAGAUUUACCCCGAGUACCUGAUCGAGUUCUAUUGACGCCUGAUAAAAACCGUGUAUGGUCUUACUUUACUUUGCCUUUCUCAUCAAAAAAACGGUUGGUCUUUUGACACACGGGAGAGAGAUGAGCGGAUGGAGCUUGGAGGGAGACAUUUGGUUUUUAUUUCGGUGAAAUCCAGUGUUUGAUUUGGAGUGUGGGUCAUCCAAAGUGCCUUUGGAGAAGCUGGAGGUCGUCGAGACGUCAGACCUUUGAGGACGACGGAUGGAAACGGACCGAAGAGGCGGUUUUAUCGAAAAACCAACAUCUCUGCUUAACUUGUUCGAUUCGAGUCGUGGAAACGGGCUGAGGCAGCGCCACCGAUGUGCAAACGGACGUUUCCGAUGGCGUGUUUGGCGCCGCGAGCUGUCCGCCACGCCAGAACUUGUUAGAGGUCGGACCUUCGGACCUGCUGUCGGCGCCAUUCCUCCCAAAGAUGCUCCCUCAUCGGCGAGGUUGAGAUCUCAAAAGGCCAAAGGAAUCGGAUUUCUAUCACUUCCGUACCGCCAUGCCAGCACUUCCCCCCCUCCGCUAUGGAGCCAAAUCAAGGCCAAAAGUUUUGCUAAUUUGAA